ACUGUUUUGCUUUUCAUGUUGGAUCUUGUAGAAAAAAAAUCACAGAAGAAGUGGGCUAUUCAUUAUAGGCCGUUUGCGUCAUUAUAAGAUUGGGAAAUUAAGAAUGGAUUUCUUUUUGCGGGUGGAGGGGGAAGUAAAAAACAUGCAUUUCCCGAUCAUAACACGACAAAGUUCUGUUAAAACUUUUUUUAAUUCAUUUUUCUUAGUUACUCCCUUUUUGUUUAGGCAGCAGCAAAAGUUACAAUGUUUUGGGGGUAUUCAAAAUUUUAAUUACAUUGGGACACAACUUGGAUAUUUGGAAUAAGAAGCUCAUAAAACGGUUUUCCACAUGGGCAACAUGAAAACUAACGUGUUCCAAUUAAAUUUGUAGCAUUCAGUCCAAACACAUUUUUAAUUGUAAUAUUCAUAUUUGUUAAAUACAAAAUCGUUAAAUGAACCUUUCCACAAUCGAUAGUGAAACUAUUAUAAUCUGUCAUUUUUAUUUAAUCAAUUUUGCUCCUUCUUCAGAUUGUUGAUUAAGUAUUUUUAGACUAAGCACCUACCCUCUUUUUGUCAGGGGGCUUUUACUUCUUACAGUUGAGUGCACUUCCGGCUUCCGCUUUCUCGAGUUUUAAGCAAGCAUUGGACACGAGACGUUUUAACCUAUUACAAUUAUAAUUCAUAGACUUUCUGUCUUCACUCUUUUAUUUACAUGACAAGUGUUAUUUUUGUGUUCUAAGCAUGUCGUCGCUCAUGAGUACCAUUGAAGGGGAGUGUAACGGAAAGGAUCAGGAACAUCCCCGCGUGCUUAUCCCACAGCUCUGCAGACUCUUCUAUAAACUGGGAUGGGUGACUGGAACAGGGGGCGGAAUAAGCCUGCGGAAUGGUGAAAACAUUUAUAUUGCUCCCUCUGGUGUGCAGAAGGAGAGGAUACAGCCAGAAGACUUAUUUGUGUGUGAUAUAGAUGAGAAGGACAUCAGCUGUCCAUCACCGCAGAAGAAGUUGAAGAAAAGCCAAUGCACGCCCCUCUUCAUGAACGCAUACACCAUGAGAGGAGCUCAGGCAGUUAUCCAUACACACUCAAAAGCUGCUGUCAUGGCAACUCUUAUGUUUCCUGGCAAGGAAUUCCGCAUCACACAUGAAGAGAUGAUCAAGGGGAUUCGAAAAGGAAACUCGGGCACAAACUAUAGGUAUGAUGAAAUGUUAAUUGUUCCAAUUGUUGAGAACACACCGGAAGAGAAAGACCUGAAAGAACGCAUGGCUCGAGCCAUGGAGAUGUACCCUGACUCCUGUGCUGUGUUGGUCCGCAGACACGGGGUCUACGUUUGGGGAGAGACCUGGGAGAAAGCAAAAACCAUGUGUGAAUGUUAUGACUACUUAUUUGAUAUAGCUGUUCAAAUGAAACAGUGUGGCCUGGACCCUUCAGCUCCUCCUACUGAAGCUAAAGGCAUUGUUUGACAUUAAAACCACUGCAAUCAACAGAAUAAAGUAAACAGUAUUGCUUCAGUAACAUAAGCUUCCAGUACACACAAAAUGAACCACAUCUGGACACGGACUGUUUAUAAAAAGAUAUACAGCAGUAUUGCAAUGUGCAAAUGCGUGCAAAUGGGAAAUGGGUUCUGUCUCCAAUUGCAAAAUUUGUUAUCUGCUUUUUUUACUACAGUAUAUACCUUAUUUUGAAGGGGGGUUGUCAUUUGGGAGUUUUUAAUGACCUUACAACAAUUUAUAAUGUGGAGGUAAAGAACAGAUACCUGCAAACAAAAUUGGUUACGUGGCUUAUGGGUAACACAGCAUUCUGCAUUAAGAAAUGAAAGUAAUUUUUGAACAUGAGACAUAAAAAACAUGAAGUUUAAGUUUAAAACACAAGUUUAUUCAGAAAAACAGAUAAAUCCAGUUUUUUAAACGUCACAUUUUUAUGAUGUUAACAUGUGUUUUAUCGAGUAACAACCCGACUACAGUAUGAUUGAUAUUGCUUGGAAUGCACAAUUUUUUUAAACGGAGUUAUCUGUUUUUGCUAAUUAAAUCUUCACGUUUCAACAUAAGUUCCACAUAAGAAGCAUUGUUUGUCUGCUAUGUCUGUAUGAUAAUAUGAAUGGCUUAACUGAUUAUACACAAACAAAGACUGUAUAUGUGGUGAUUUAUUUAAUAAAUAAAUAAAAUAA